AUGGCUUUAGAUCUUCCAACUGGGUUUCAGAUCCUAGAUGAUGAAGGCGUGGUAGCGGCAGGGGAUGAUAUUUCUAGUGUUUCGGCUGGUGGCUAUUGGUGGAGCUCUUCGUGGAUCUUCUUCUUUGAGGACGAAAUGAGUUCGUCAGAGCUUUUGAUGUUUAUGACAAUUGGUUUACUAGGGUCUCUCUGGCUUGGCGUUGUUGACGUGGUGACAGAUUAG